AUGUCAAAGAACAUUGGUGAGAAUGUCACCGAGCAGUUGUGGAAAGAGCUAGCCUUCCGUGACUUGAGGCAAGCUCCAUCAUCCCUGCUCAAGCUUCCGGUCCGUCUCAAAAAAUCGUCGAACAUUUCCACAUUCCCAAAGCCCGCACCAACAUCGCGCGAUGCGAGCCUGGAGCCAUCACAACCGUCGUUGAUCAUGUCCCCGACCGAAAUCACAGCUUCGACAGCACCGAUUGCAUCGCCGGCGGCUGCUAUACCGGUGGCAGCUCCGAUCGCGGCACCGACAGCAGCGUCGUCCGGCCCAGCCUCGAUCUUCAACCUCGAUGCCCUCUUCAACAACCCCCUCUUCGCCGGCGGCAUCGGCCUCGCGAGCUUAGGCGCAGUCGCAGCCUUCGGUCGCAAAGGCGUUGUCGUCGCAGCCGGAGCUGCUCGCCGCCGCCUCCUCGUCAAUGUCGAAAUCAGCAAGCAGGAUCCAGCGUACCCUUGGAUUCUCGCGUGGCUGUCGCAGCCGCGCGAGCAAGCCGGUUUCAUUGCCUCGCGCAUCACCCGCAUCCACAACCUCUCCGUCUCGACGACCACUACCACCCAGCGAGGUGCAAAUAGCCCGACAAAUGCGCACUUUUUCCUGCAGCCUGGGUACGGGCGACAUAUCGUCAAGCACAAGAAUGCGUUCAUCGCAAUCAACCGCGAGAAGCACAACACGGCCAACAUGAACACGGGCGAGCCGCACGAGAUUGUGCAAUUGACGACGCUGUGGGCGCACCGUCACGUCUUCGAGGACAUAUUCGGUGAGGCGCACGCGCUGGCGGCGAAAGCGAACGAGGGCAAGACGGUCGUAUACUCUGCAAGAGGCAUGGAAUGGGCGCCGCUCGGUGAUCCUCGGAAGAAGCGACCUCUCGCCUCGGUUAUACUGGAUGAGGGCGUGAAGGAAGGCAUCGUGGACGACGUCAAGGAUUUCCUGGGACGACAGCAGUGGUAUGUUGACCGCGGUAUCCCCUACCGCCGUGGAUACCUGCUGUUCGGACCUCCUGGCAGCGGCAAGAGUUCCUUUAUUCAGUCUCUUGCUGGUGAGCUGGACUUUAGCGUGGCCAUGGUCAACCUCAGCGAGAUGGGUAUGACGGACGACAAGCUGGCAUAUCUCUUGACGAAAUUGCCCCGCAGGAGUAUUCUCUUGCUAGAGGACGCGGAUUCAGCGUUCGUCAAUCGCCGGCAGCGCGAUGCCGAUGGCUACAGCGGCGCUAGUGUCACCUUCUCUGGCCUGCUCAAUGCUCUUGACGGCUUGGCUGCCGGCGAGGAGCGCAUCGCGUUCUUGACCACGAACCAUAUUGAGCGUCUUGAUCCGGCGCUGAUUCGACCGGGUCGAGUAGACAUGAUGAUGCGUAUCGGCGAGGCGACUAAGUACCAGGCAGGUCUGAUGUGGGACCGCUUCUACGGCGACGUGGACACAGACGGUGCUGGUCGGGAACGAUUCUUGCAGAGACUGAAAGAUCUGGGUCUCUUUGGUAACGGCACCGGGGGGACAGCGAACCGGUUCACGAGUACAGCUGCGAUCCAGGGCUUGUUCUUGUUCAACAAGAAUGACAUGCAGAGCGCGAUUGAUAUGGCUGAAGGUCUUAUCCCGCGCAAAUUUGAGGCUGAGGAGGCGAUUCCUGAGGGAGCCAUAAAGACAAAAGCCUAA